CAUCUUCACUUGCUUCACUCCGGACAUCCUCCACCAACUACACAAGGGCAUGUUUAAAGAUCACACGGUGAAAUGGGCAACCGAAUGCGUUGAGGGCGGAGAAGACGAAGUCGACCGGCGGUUUCGGACGAUGUCCCCACAUGGUGAUCUGCGCUACUUCAAGAAGGGAAUCUCGCUGAUCUCACAGUGGACCGGAAACGAAUACAAGCACAUGGAAAAGGUUUUCGUUGGUGUGCUUGCAGGUUCUGUCGAAGACGAGAGGGUUCUUCUUGCGGUUCGUGCGCUGCUUGACUUCAUUUACUAUGCGCACUUUGAGGUUCACACGAGUGAAUCACUUGCACAUCUCAAGACAGCUUGGCGUACCUUCCACCACAACAAGCAAGUCUUCCUCGAUCUCGGUGUCCGCAAAAACUUCAACUUCGCGAAGCUACACUCGUUGGGCCACUAUCUCCCUGCGAUCUUCCGCCUUGGCUCUGCUGAUGGCUAUAACACAGAGGGCCCUGAACGAUUGCACAUCGACUUCGCCAAGCUUGGAUAUCGCGCAAGCAACAGGAAGCGGUACAUUCAACAGAUGACUAGGUGGUUGGAGCGCCGUGAAGCUGCCAGCCGUUUUGAAGCUUAUCUUGAGUGGCGUAAGGUGCUACCAGUGCAGGAAGAA